CACCUGUUGAAGGCCUGCUCUUCACUUACUAUCACUCUGACUCCUCCAUCACCCGUCAACAUGACAACCUCAGCCCUGCGUAGGCAGGUGAAGAACAUAGUGCACAACUAUUCCGAAGCAGAGAUUAAGGUUCGCGAGGCCACGUCAAAUGAUCCAUGGGGGCCGUCAUCAUCUCUAAUGUCAGAAAUUGCCGAUCUGACCUUCAAUGUGGUGGCUUUUGCUGAAGUCAUGGGCAUGGUGUGGAAGCGUCUCAAUGACAGUGGCAAGAACUGGAGGCAUGUCUACAAGUCCCUGACACUAUUGGACUACCUGCUAAAGACAGGAUCGGAGAGAGUGGCUCAACAGUGUCGAGAAAACGCCUUCAAUAUUCAGACGCUUCGUGAUUUUCAAUAUGUUGACCGUGAUGGUAGAGAUCAAGGGGCCAAUGUCCGAGAAAAAGCGCGCCAACUAGUGUGUCUUCUCCGGGAUGAAGACCGUCUUCGCCAAGAAAGAAGUCAAGCUUUGAAGACCAAGGAGCGAAUGGCAGGGGGGAGUGGUGGAGGUGGAAGUAGUGGGGGCAUGUAUGGAGGAAUACCUCCAUCCUAUCACCCAGGAAGGCGAACAAGCCAGCCCAGCAUGGCUGUACUUUAUGGGGAGGACUUAACCCGCUCCAGAGGUUCCCCAUCCUCCUUUAACUCAGCCUCAUCUUCAUCUCCUCGGGGUGCCUCAGACCUGGAACAGGCUCGACCUCAAACCACCGGGGAAGAAGAGCUUCAACUCCAGCUGGCUUUAGCCAUGAGUAGAGAGGCGAAUCAGAAGGUAAAACUUUUAAACGUUUUUCAUAAAGCACUUUGCAGUAUAUUCUCACUGAUUAUUUCUCCCCCGCAGGAGCAGCGCUGUCGCCAAGGAGACGAGUCGCUCCUAAAAAAGGUCCUGAAUGAGAGCAGGAGAGCCAGCCAGUCAGGGCCACCGGAGUCAACCAUGGACCUAGUAGACUUAUUUGGCACAACCUCUGAGAGGCCACCUCCACUUGAAGACCCUUGGGACUAUGCUCCAGCUUCAGUUAAUGCUACUUCUGACCCAUGGAAUUCUGUAGCAAAACCUUUUUUGUUAUCUGUGUUGACGACUUCAGCCCCAUGCUCGGAUGCUCCUAAUCCUUGGGCUCCCUGUGCCAAUUCACGCAGAGAGUUGUGGGAGGCGGCGCCUGCUUACAGCCCUGCAGUCAAUCACAAUUGGGACAGAACCUCUGAGCGCGGUACAGAUGGAGCAUAUCAAGUCAGUGCGCAUGGAGAGGAGAGGCUUCAGCAGGAAGUUCAUCAGCUGUGUUCUCCUCAGCCAGCUAGUCCUACAGAUUCUGAGCUUCGUAUGUCAGCAGACAUGUUCUCUGGAGCAGAUUUCACCAUAGACCCAUUCAGGAAUGAAGCACCGGUCAGACCACAAGUAAAUGGACGGGACUCUGCCAGUCCGGAAAUGUUUGAUCUAUCGCGCCUCGCACCCGCUUUAAACACUGUGACACGUUCGUGUCGGACCCCGGAGGCCUUCCUCGGACCUACGGGUGCCUCAUUGGUCAAUUUGGAUGCACUGAUAACUCCAAACCCAGCAAGCAAGUUGCAGAGCAACCCCUUCCUCUCAGGUCUGAAUGCUCCAUCUCCCACCAAUCCCUUCCACUGUGACCAGCCUCGCCUUACCCUCAACCAAAUGCGUCCAUCAUCUACAUCUCCACUCCCUCCGCACAUGCUCCCCUACAGUCCGUCACUUCCACUCCCUCUCACCCACAGGGGGGCAGCCCUUCCCUCCUCACACACCCAACCAGCCUCCAGAAUUACGGACAUUCCCUCAGACCUCCCCCAACCUCUGGUCCCGCUCUCUCCUCGGCCGAUUACUCGCAUUCAACCCCAAGCACAGACACAAAACCACAACCCAUUUCUCUGA